CCAAACAGACACAGAUUUUUUUUAUGGGAAAUAUUGACUCUUUGUAUAUCAUUAAAAAAAAUAAGAAUUGAUAUUCUAUUUUGCAAUUUUUGCCCCGCACAUUGACAUGUGUCCAUCCUUGGAAGAGAACGUGGCAACCCCCAAUUUCCACGCGUCCUAUAGAUCUGUACACCUCAAAUUGUAUAUAUACGGAGCAUUUAAUCGUGUCAAUUUUCAAGUGAAAAAAAGAAGAAGAAAAAUAGCGUAAAUUUUAUGGUAAAAAAAGAAAAAAGAAAGAGAGAGAGUGAAGAUGCGAAAAUUGAAUUUGACCACAAAAAACUUCAUCUUCGAUCUCGCAAAACCCAUACUACUACCACCGCCUCCAUCUUCUUCAUUCUACAUCUGCCGCCAUAUAUGGAAGGAAGGAGAUGUUGUAACUGAAGAGAGGAAAGAAAAAGGGAGAAGUGAAAUCAACAGUAACAAUGGCCGCCGUGAAACGGAGUCGGCGGCGGUUUACGAGAAGGAAGCGAAGGACAGAGCGACGGAAACGGCGCAGGAGGCGUGGAAGGCCAUAGAGGAGGCUGCGGCGGAGAUGAAUCAUAGGGUGGUUCCUAAUUUGGAUGCCAACAAAGAGACUGAUAUUCGAGACGAAAUGCUCAUCCGGCAGCAGCAGCAUGGACAAUGAUGUUAUUUUGGGCCUUGUAAUAUUAUGUUCUUUUAUAUUCUCUGUUCCUUAAAACAUUUCCCAUUUUGACUUUGGGCCAAAAUAAGGAAAGUGUAAUUUUGGUUGACUUUUCAAUUUUGCCCUUGAUGUGAUGGGUAAAAGUAAGAUGUGAUAGUUUAGUUAUUAGUGAAAAAGUACGAUGUGAUAGAUAGAAUAGAAGAAAAGUAGGGGUAGAAG